AGCGCCUCGCCCGCCACCCCUGCUUCUCUCGCGCUCGCCGCGGGAGAUCUCUCGCUUUCCCUCCAAACAGUCUCGCUCGCGACAAGGCGUCCUCGGGCCGCGCGAGGCGCGAUGGCGAGUGGCGGCGGCGGGCGGCGGCGGCGGAAGCCGAGGCCGAGGGCGCGGGGCAAGGGUAAGAAGACCAAGUACCUCAGUCUCAGCGACCUCCUGGUCAAGGCCGAGGUGGGGACGCCGCCGCGGUCGCCGGGGGACGAGCCCGCGCCGGCGUGGGAGGAGGCGGAGGUGAAGCGGGGGGACGGCGGGGAUGGAGGCGGCCAGCAGCAGCAGCAGGUGGAGCAGUUCGCGCUGCACCACGAGGCGUCCACCCUGUUCGCGGCGCUGCCGGCGCCGUCGCUCUCCGACAUCCUCGGCGCCUCCGCCGGCGGCGUCGGCGAGUCGCCGUCGCCGUCCGCGUCGCCGGACGGAGGCUCCGGGUUCACGGGCGCGGAGGAGGAGGACCUGGCGCGGCGCGCGCUCCGGGGCAGGGAGCGGUGGGUGUACUGCAGCAGCGGUUCCUCGCCGACGGCUACCACCGCCACCACGUCGUCGUCGUCGCCGUGCUCGUCCGCGGCGAGCACGGGCGCCUCGGCGCGGUCGCUGCUGCUCAAACUGGACUACGAGGAGAUCCUCGCCGCAUGGGCGGACCGGGGGUCGCUCUACAUUGGCGGCGGCGGCGGCGGCGGCGCUGACAGCGACGCCGCGCCGGAGCUGGGACUCGACGCCGUGCUGGUGGAGGUGGAGCCGUCCGAGAACGCCGCGGGUGCGCCGGCGGCGUGCGCGUGGAGCGCACCCGAGAUGGCACCGGCGGGGCCGGAGAGGGCAGAGAAGGUGAGGCGGUACAAGGAGAAGCGGCGGAACCGGUUGUUCGCGAAGCGGAUCCGGUACGAGGUUCGCCGGGUCAAUGCCGUCAAGCGGCCGCGAUUCAAGGGCCGUUUCAUCAAGGAACACGAGGAAAGCGAGCUCCAGCCUACAUAGCUCCCUUGGCUUCUUUCAUCACCGCAAGGAUAUCCCGCGUAUAUAUACGGUUAGUCGCCUUGUUGUCUUAUCCCAAUUAUUCCAAUUGCUGUAUCCUCUACCCUGGGCAAGUUGCAAGCUUCAGGCGUAGAUCAGUAGAUGCAAAGUUAUGUUUCGUAGGAUGAAAAUAACAGAAGUUAGGAUGAACCAUGAGAUCAGUGAUUGAAGACCUUUGACGAUGAAUCUGUUAGUCUUUUCA